AUGGCAACUAGAUCUGGAAGACGAAUACAUUCUUCGUUUGGUAAUCUUGAACAGCCAGAUCUGGAAAAAAUUGUAAAAAGCGAGAGAAAAACCAGAAGUAAACGUCAGAAGGAAAAUUGUGAUGAAGUACCUGCAGUUUUAAAGAAAAAAGCCCAUUAUGUACAUUAUCCUGGAGAUGAGAUAUUUAAUGACGCUAACGAGAAUGUUAUUAAAUCGACGCGGAAACUACGACGGCAUACACUCAAGGAGCAAAAUAUUAUUACAAAUUCAGAAAAUUCUAACGACAAUAUUGAGGUAAAAAAGCAUACGCGGAGACCCAAGAAGUUUGUUGAAGAAAUUGUCACUGACGUCGUUGAAAAUAACGACCCAGCGAUUGACGAGAAUCUUGGAAAUGUAAUUGGAGCCAAACAAAAGAUAAAGAAAAAUAAAAAGAAAAAGCAAAAUGUUGUUACUGAACCCACAGAAAAUUAUGAUGAAGUAGUAAAAGAAACUGUAUUGAAGACAAAAAAGAAAUCUAAAAAGAAGAAAAGUUCCAAACUAUCAAAUUCUACUAAAGUAGAGGAUUUAACUGAAUUGUCCAAAAAUACCACAUUAAAUAAUAGCAUUGUAUCAAAUGAAUCAUUUCAUAGUGCUGCUGGCAGCCCUGGAAGGAGCAACAUGCAUAUUGGAAUCAUCAAUGAUAAAUCUGCAGAAGUUGAAAAAUCUGAAACAGUCAAAACAGAAGUCUUGUUACGUCGAUCUAAUAAAAAGUCCUUAACACCAAAACUUACCAAAAGUAAAAAUUCAACUUUUGUAAAAGACUCAGAAGAUGAGUGUGGAAUUUUUAUUGAUGCAAUUGAAAAGCAAACAAAAAUUAAAAGGAAGCUUAGUGUAAACGAAAUAACUCCUGGCAAAACUAAUAAUGACUCAAUAACAAAUGAAUUGCCUAAACUCAAUGGAUCAUUGAAAAAGAAACUCGAUAGCACUUUUGAAAAGAUAAGCCCUGAUAGUUGUGAUUCUAGAAAUAUAAACACUGAUAUAGAAAAGCUAAUAAGCAGCAGUGAAAGAAAAUCCCUACGUUUACUAUCACAGAGUGGAUCUGGUUUAAAGCGAAGCCUUAACAGUACAUUUGAAAAACUAUCUGACAAACCAAAACUUAACAGAACAAAAUCUCUUGACUCUACGUUUGACAAAGAGGGUAGCAUUAAAUUAAAUUCCACUUAUGACAAAGAUCAAAGAAAUUCUAACCAAAAAAGUGAUGCCAUAAAUGUCACAUUUGAUAAAGCCAAUAAUUCACACAUUAGUAUAAACAGUGAUGAUUCUAAAACUGAAAAUAUUAUUAACCUAACUCCAGAGUUAGUUGAAAGCAGUAUUGACGAAUCAAGUAUUCAAAAGACACCAAAAAAUAAAGUUGAAGAAAUUGUCACUGAAAAUAUCAGCAAAGUGCCUAUAACACCUUUGAAACGUGAAGGCACUUUCACUAUGGAAAGUACAAACGUAAUGGAGUCACCAAAAUACAAAGGAACAGAGAUUCCAACACUUGUAGGAACCGAUACUCCUAAACCUAAAAUAUCAGUAGAUAGAACUCCAAAUAGACGUAAAUCCAUGCCGUCUCCUGGAUGCACUCCAUUCCCUGUCAGUAAAAGUUCUCAGAAAGAGAAGUCAGUUCUCAAUGUGACUCGUUCUAUUGAAAAAUCAUUACGUAGAUCUUCUGUUACUGAGCCAAUUUCCAGAACUACCAAGGUCAUGUUCUGCAGUCCAGUGAACAACUGUGCUGUUGCUUCACAGAUUAAAAGGAAAGUAAUCAAGUCCAACUUAAAAGGAUCAAACAAGAGCUUCGUAUUUGAUGAAAGUUUGUCGGAGGGGGCGCGACCCGCUGCUCGCAAACGUUCGUACACACAGAGCGAUGUGGAAGAUGUCCGUGUUAAACGAUCGAGGCUUGGAGAAGAGUUACAGCAGUCGGUUGACCGGUUGUCACGACCCAGGACCUUCAGCGCUGCAGCGAAAUUGUCCGAACCAUCAACACCGUCUAAAAAGACCGCAACACCAUCAAAGACGAAGCCAGAAAACAAAGUGACGCGCACGAAGCUACCUAAUUUCGCAGCGCUGCAUCAGAAACGCUUUGAGAAGAUGGAGUCAUUGGAUGAAUGUCAGGAAAGAAAGGCAAAGCGAGCGCGGCAGCUCUUAACACCGACUGGCAGUGUGAAUCUUAUUGAGAGAAUCAGCCCCAAAGAAAAUGUUGCCGAAUCACCAAAAAAAGCCUCUGCUAAAGAACCAAGAAAACCAGACACACCGUUCAGGCCGAAAUUACCAACAUUGGAAUCAUUAAACCCCGGUUACACAAGGUUCGGUUUCAAAAUGAAUUGCGACGUGAAUCCAUUCAGCGUGCCCAGCAAAACCAAAGUAAUGAAAGCUAAGGAAACUAAACCUAAUGGUGUGUUAACAAGACAGGCGACUUUGCCUUCUCUUACUGGAGUAACGUCCGUAAGGAAGCAAGCGGCGAAGCUAACCGUCAUGAGGGAGAAGUCAUUCACGGAGAAGAGAGAUAUAAAUAGGAAGGAAAAUAGAACCGUGAUUAAAGGGGUUAGAACUAACAGACGAUUCGAGUUGCAAAUGAAAAUGAGAAAUCUUAAUUCAUAG